AGUUGUAGAAAUGGCAGCGCUGAGACAGGAGCAUCGGUAUGGGCUCUCCUGUGGCCAAAUCAACAAAAACACCCCGAAUCAAACUCUUUAUCACGUCAAACUCACUGACACUGCCAUCCGGACCCUCGAAGCCUACCAGAACCUGAAGGCAUCACUAUCAAAUCAGCCAGCGAUUUGCUUCAAGGGGAGCCAGGGGUACGUUAAGAUCCCAGCGCCAACACCUGAAUCACCUGAUGGAUUCAGAGUCUUCUCGUUCUACCUCUCCAGUGACAGCAAAGACAAGCCUCAGUCCAGCUUUGACUGCAUUCACCAGUAUGUCUCAGGGGAGGGCAGGGAUCACCUGGAGGGCCAGGGCAGCAUUCAGGACAAGAUCACAGUGUGUGCCACAGAUGACUCCUACCAGACGACCCGGGAGCGCAUGUCUCAGGUGGAGAAGGACAUCUGGAGCCGCUCAGCUAUUGAAAUAAAGCCGGGGCCAAGUAAGUACGUGAAGGUCCAGAGGAAGCAGGGUCUGGUAUCAGGCUCAGAUAACAGCAACAAGCACUCCCCCAGCAAUAAGAGGAGCCUGGUUCCCAGCCCUGUUGCACACCGGCCCUUGAGGGAUCGCAUCAUUCAUCUCCUGGCCUUAAAGCCCUACAGGAAACCUGAGCUGCUACUGUGGUUGGAGCGGGAGCGAGCCAGUCCAAAGGACAAGGCUGACCUGACCUCAGUGCUGGAUGAGGUUGGUAAACUGAACCCUAAAGACCACAGCUACUCUCUAAAGGAUGAGCUCUACAGACACGUCCAGAGAGAAUGGCCUGGAUAUCUAGAGGAGGAGAAGCAACUCAUCCAUAGGCUCCUGCUCAGGAAACUUCAGCCACUCCACAGUAGCCAGUUGAAGAGUCCCCAGUCCAACCAUUCAGUCCUCAAAACUCCCGGGGACUCUCCUUCACACCUCAGUCCUGCCAAGAAUCUCUCUGUGAAACGCCCAUUGCCAUCGGAACCAUCCAACUGUCAGACCCCCAAAAAACAAAGACUAUUAGACCAGUGUUUUCCUCUGCAUUCGCCGUCUCAUGGAGAGUACGGCACCAAUGGGGCUCGUAGCUCCUCCAGUCAUGGAAACUCUAGAGUACAGAUCAAAUUGGAGUUCGACAAAACCAGCAAUCAUCUUCAGGGGAGUCCAAACGGUCUGUACUCGCCGCACAAACUGAGCGGGUCAUCUACUAUUCCCAUACUGGAGAGGAUAGAGCCAGCUCCUACUGCACCAAGCCCCAAGCCCCCACACACUGACACGUCCAUUUGCACUGACCAACAAUUCACCAGCGGCCAACAUAAAAAGAAGAGGUCCAAAAAGCACAAAGACAAAGAACGAGAGCGCUUAAAACCAGACUGGAUUGAGACGAGUCCAGACCUGAAACAGAACAGAGAAGACCUGAAAGAUCACGAAAGAGAGAAAACACCUGUUAAUCGAACCUCAGCAGAAGAACUGCCCGACUAUUUAAUAAAAUACAGUGCCAUAACAGCACUGGAGCAGCGCCAAGAGUAUAAAGACGACUUCUGCGCAGAGUAUGAUGAAUACAGAGCUCUUCAUGAUCGGAUUGGGGCUAUCACAGAGAUGUUUGUUCAGUUGGGCUCAAAGAUCAACACACUCCCCCCGGGAACACAAGAGUACAAGCUUAUGGAGGUGCAAAUACUACAAAAGUACCGAAAGUAUAAGAAAAAGUUUCCUGGUUAUCGGGAAGAGAAGAAGCGAUGCGAGUACCUCCAUCAGAAACUGUCGCAUAUUAAAGGCCUGAUCACAGAUUACGACCAAGCACAGGGACUUUCCUAGUAAUCGGUUUCUACCCUCAGCGGGGGGUAAUAUGGCCGGACAAAAAGACUCCUAAUGGACCCAAAGACUGCCCAGCUGGGUCCUGCUGUCGCUGAGACACUAUUCACUUUACUUCUCCGAGUGUAAAUGGAAUCAAGGGGCAAGGUUUUUUUUUCCAGAGGGGGCUGAGACCAUCGACUCGUGAUCAAAGGUUGCCCUUUAACAUUAUGGUUUACAACCGUGAUUAUUGCUGGAUUCUGUUCUGCUGUACAAGUGAAAGCCAAAUCCAUUUUUCUGAAAUGCCAAGCAGAUGCGAUCCUUCCUGCCAAAUUGCAUUUUUAUUCUAUCCUUUAUCUUGUCAGAACUAAGAAAAAAUGUGUUGAUUUAUAUUUUUAAAAAAAGAGUAUUAAAUUGAUGGUACAAUCAAUGUUAGGGGGAAACCAAUGCUACUAAAGUCUUUAUAUUUAACAUACAGAGGAAUCAGUUUAUUUGCUGUUUGCUGACAAAGUCAAUCACAUGAAUGAUUAUUUUUUAACGGUAAUAAGAUCACAUAAUGACAAUAAUAAGGUCACUCCAUUAACAAUGUAUCUCCCUUCAGACCACACGCUUACAAAAAUUGUUGGGCCAUAAAAUAUCACAAACUGGAGUUUAAAGCAUUAUAUGCUAAGUACUUUGGGCUUUGACCAUAAGGAAUUUCACCAUGUAGCUUUCUGCCAACGUCCUGUGUCCUUUCUAAGGAAUGUUGGAAUGCCACAAAACCACUCCUCCCAGUACCUGAAUGCUGGUUUCAAGAUGGCGCUUGUGCACAUUUAGUGUUAAAUUCACCCACAUGUAGCCUACCACAAACUGCCUUUUCAUUACCAACUCUCUCAAGUGUUCUGGUUCCAGGUUUGUAAGUAAUCAUGCGUUAUUUACGCUCUAGAUGAGGGCAUUUUAUCGUGUUAUUCACGCUGUCCACACAUUGAUUUACUAUGAUUUUGUUUUGGUCUAAGUAUUGAGAGAGAUUGCAAUAGAGAUGCCUAUCACAAAUUGGUCAGUUUAACAUUUCGUCCCACGUGUGCAGCGUGCAGAGGAUGGCACUGUGUGGUCACUCAGUUCAUACGACUUCGAUUCACUUCGGUGUGAGGAGCAGACGGACCUCUAGAGGCCGCUAGCAGGUCUGUUAGAUUCAUUUGAGACUUUCUGGAAUCAUUUGUACUGAGACAGGUACAUCCGAAUAACCACAAACUGUACUUUUAUUUCACCCUAUAAUUAGCUGUAGCCUGAAGUAGAAAAUAGAGAUCAAAUUGUAGUGUUCUCUGUUCUCUCUCUGACGUUUGCAUCAAUGUAGCUGCACUCACAACUGUUGUCUUAAUGAUGGCUUAAAAUGAGAGAAUGAAGCUAAUAUUUGCCUUAACAUGUAUGUCAGACAUUUCCAAGAUUUCUCAGACCUUUUCUGUAAAUGUCUUUAAGUUUGAAGGAAUUUCAGUUACUGGAUAGUUGUUACUGGAUAGUUUAUUGUUUUGUCUGUGUUGUUCUUGUUUUCUUCCAUGUAUAUGUCUUAAUCAUUUUCUAUUUCUGUCAGAUAAUCAUGAACUGUUAAGGAAUAUAAUUCAAUGUCCAAUCCUGUCAAGCACCACUAUCAAAAGAAAGAAUCAUUGCAGAAAUAUCGACAGAAUAAUGUGCUCUGCAAUGAAAAGACUCAGUGGGCUUAUUGUCAAAUAUUUAGCAGCUCUUUUGAAAAAUUUAAAUGUACUUAUUUCUUUUUUACAUUUUAUGGGUUACUUCUGGUAUGUUUGAAGGAUUUGAGACAAGCAGUUGCUGCGUCUUGGCACAUAUGAACAAUUCAAGGAAAUACAUAUUUAUUAGCACUGAAAUAUUAGAAUGUUGAGCUUCAAAUAUCAUCAAGGCUAAAAAUGCUGGAUUCUUAAAGCUCCAGUACACCUACAAAAAUCCUUUUAUUUAUUUGAAUCUCUUCUCAGGACCAGAGGUCAGACUAUUUUACAAAUCCUGUGUUGAUAUGUGUUUGGAUGAGCUCAGCAAAUGUGCCACCUAGCUUCACCCAACUUGAGGAAAGGUCUGAUCAGUCAUAAUGACUGAAAAGAACAGUGUUUGGUUCUGGUACUGGAAAUCCAUGUGGCACGGUUGAAAUUGUGUUAAAAAGAUAAGAGCAUGCCUGCUCAGAUAUACAACAUUAUUUAUUUGUGUUUCACAAAAUUUCUAAUUUAAAAUAGAAAGGUACUAAACAGUGUUGUGAUGAUAGUGGGAUGGAAACAUCCAUAUACCACCAUGAAGACCAUGAUACCUUAAAAACAAUUUACUGAACUAAUUCAAGUGAAGGGCUUCCCAUAUACCAUUUAAGUAGUAUUGGUCAAUUAUACAACACGUGUGCAUCAUGGGCAAAAUAUCAGUCUCACCAGGAUGUCUGAAGAUAGGGGUACCGUUCGUGUUGACACAAUGUUUUUGGGGAACCAGACCCUUGGUGUAAGGUCCCCUCAAGUGCUAACUGUGAUGUUGUCUUUAGUCUUUUACUGUUGCAGGAGCUAACUACUGAUGGUGCCUUUUCCAUUCAAAGAGCAGACAUUCUGCACGUAACUAUCAUUGGUAUUCUGGAAACAAAUUUACUUGGGCCAGCAGUAUUUACACAUGUGUAGUUUCACACUGUUGCCAACGUUCAAAGUGCUUUGAUCAUAGUUUUCUCAAUUAAGUUGAUAUCAGAUGCCUUUAAAAUGUAUCAAGUGUAUUGGCACUGACAUUUUCCUAGACAUGAAAAUAACUAUUUCCACAAAUGUAAUACUUUGUUGAUAAUGGAAAAACAGUGUCUCAAUGGAAAUGUAAAAUCAAAUAUGUUGCCUAUUAUGAAUCACUGCAAUUGAUCUACCUAGGAGAACAAAUUAGUUUAUUUAUUGCUUUGUAUGCGUUUGUCCUUUUAUGGUAUUCAUCUUCGCAUAGUUAAUUAUUUUCAGCAAAACUUAAAGUAUGGUGAAAGGGAAAUUGAAUAUAUUUUUGAAAUUGUUGAUGGUUGAUGCUUUAUCACAAUGUCAUCUUCUUGAGAAAAGCUUUCAGAAAAAAAGGGUGUAUUGUUGUCUCAGUCUAAAUGAAAAAUAAAGCUCUUUUGAAUUC